AUGAGCCCGCCAGACGAGAGCACUGAGUCUCCGAGGAAGAGACAAAAAACACUAUCGUGCCAAAGAUGUCGGUCUCGAAAACAAAGGUGCAGUGACACACGGCCAUGCCACAACUGCGUUACGGCAAAUCAAGAAUGUAACUCCGGGGAGCCUGUGUCUCGAAAGUCUCGAAUCAGUGCCGAAUAUACUAGGUCACUCGAGGAAAAGGUAGCUGAGCUUGAGGCUCAGCUACUAGGGGUCCACCAAGUUGAGGGCUCUCACUCACGCCGGCAGGCUGUCCUUCAGCCUUCUGCGGGCGAUAAUCCAGCCUUAUUAACUGAAACGGUCAGGAGUCAUGAGCGCGCAGCAUCCGGGUCGGAGGGGAAUUCCGUGCCAUUAAUCGGUUCCCGAAGAGACUGCGGUUCAACAGAGGGACUUUGUGAUGCUGAAACUGAGCGAGCUCAGCUAAUUUGUGUUCCUGUUUGCACGUCCACAUCUAAUAUUUUAGUUUCUUCUCCACUCCAUUCCACAGGUCUCAUCGGAUCACCAAUUGUCGGCGAUAAAUGCGGGCAUACGAGUCUCCUCACUAGCAUACUAGCGACUCUCGCCAGGGGAAACCCAUGCGGGGUCUCUACAUGUGGAGAUGGAGAUCGCGCCCUGAGGAAUAUCUAUCUGUCUCCACACAUUACAACCCAGCUGCUAGACCCAGAUCAUUCUGUCCGACUUCCUACCGAUGUUGAAGAUGCCCUGAUCAAGAUAUAUCUAGAAAGAGUCAAUCCUCGAUAUCCCUUCCUUCAUGUGAGCACUUUUCUGGAAUGGUACGAGACUUGGAAAGCUCGUCCGAGGGAGCGCUCUGCAGGGGAACAGAAUGCCAGGUGGAAGGACUUUUUUGUUAUAAUGGUCCAAGCAGUCAGCAUCCUCCUGACUCCCCAGGUAUCUCAGAAUGAUAUCGCCACCUCGCAGAUUCUUUACAACACCGCAAUGAAAUAUAUAUCCUUUGUUUUCACUCAAUCAGAUCCCGUUCUCCAUGUUCAAGCGCACCUUCUCCUGACUUUACAUGCCCUCCACUCUCCCUCUUCUCAAAUGAUCAUUACUAUGAUAGCGGCGACAAUGCGGCAGUGCGUCAUUAGCAGCCUCCACCUAUCCGAAUAUGAGCCAAAGGCUUCGUUCCCAGAGUUUUCACAAGAGGUACAAAUUCGCCGCAGAGUGUUUUGGUCCGCUUAUGCAAUAGACCGACUUAUCAGUUGGAUCUACCACAUCCCGAACAAUUUGAUUGAUGAGCACAUUACUGUUGAGCUUUUCUCAAAUGUGGAUGAUGCAAGUCUCUCUCAAGACACUGCCAACUUGGCGGAACCACCUUCUCGAGAUUUGCUUCAAAGAACUCGUAUCUCGCCAGCGUUGCACCUAAUACGUUGCAGAUGCAUUCAGUCUCGAAUAAUCACCACCAUGCUGCGGUCGGACUUUCACAACAUCGAUGUAUCGCCCGCAUGGAGAGAGCACAUGUUGGAAGAAUUGGAGACGUGGAGAACUCAGGUCGAGCGAUUAAGUCACAGAGCUAAUCGAGGGUACUUGAGUGAUCGGUGGGUUGGUAUGGCUUACAACUACACGAUCGCAUUGCUACACCAGCCCACCAAAGAUAAUGUCUGCAAUGGCUUUGGCGACCGGUCGGUCUCGGCUUCUGUUAAACUUGCAUUGACAUUCCGAGCCUUUCAGAAGGAUCGACAAACAGCUCAGCUUUGGCCCGGGCUUCUGAGUCAGUUCACUGUCGGCGUCACACUUCUCUAUUGCUUCUGGGCAACACCACCCGCAUAUCGUACGCCCGCGUAUCGAGGGAGAGAAGUCUCAGAAGCACUGCGGGCUUGUUCGACUGCCUUGGCCAUUCUUGCCGAGCGAUGGACCCAAGCCGAGCCUCUACGCGAUGUCUUUGAUAUACUUUUGAAGGAGAUUCCAAUACACGAAGGGCCCGAUAUGAGUAUCUCUUCGAAACAUAUAGCACCCGAUUCGGUCGCUCUGCUCAAAUCGCACAUGCAAGCGGUACAAGAGAUCUCGAGGAAUCGAGUGGUACUUCGCAUGUUGCAGCAGAUUAUGACAGAUGACUUUCCAUCCAGUCCCCAGGACUAUUUGCAACAAACGAACUCUCCAAGAGGGAAUCAUCUAUGCUCUGAACAUUGCGCGAUGUUCCAUGGGACGGCAUUUUUUGACUCAGUAAUGAACCUGAGCUCUGACGCUCAUAAUUUCACGGGCGGCGAGUUGAGCGACACAUAUACAGCAUUCGACGAUACUAUCAUAUUUCCCGCCUUGUUUGGCUCGGCCGAGUUCUAG